UUCACAACUCAGCAUUCAGCUUUCUUGCAACUAACUUCCAUUGUCAGCCUAUUUUCUCGAUUCUUGGUCUGCCGAUGCCUAGAUUGUGACAUCGCACUCUCUCCCUCCUGGCUUCAAUUACGCACGAAAGGCUGCUCGAAUUAAAGUGGUGCAGAGUGGUCCAGUUAGACGCUCAAGAUCCGCUGAAAGUCUUGGCGUAGCUUGCUCUUCUUUCUAGUAACUCCUCGGAGGAGGUAACCGAUGGCGACAGCUAUCAUGGCGAAGGCGGCUUCCUCAUGGGGCGCCCUCACUACCGCAAGCCCAUCGACAAAGGCGCUCAGCUCCGCCCACAACCUCUCGCCAGCCAUGAAUUUCAAAACCGCUCCUCUCUCCCGCUCUCGCGGCCGACGUAACUCCGCCGUCAUCGCGUCGGCUACUGACGGUGCGUCCGCAACUCGCGCGGCGAAAUUGGUGAACGGGAGGGUGCAGGACGGGCCCGACCUGAGCGUGGAGGUGAACGGGCUGCAGCUGCCGAAUCCGUUCGUGAUCGCGUCGGGGCCGCCGGGCACCAACUACGUGGUGAUGAAGAAGGCGUUCGACGAGGGAUGGGGAGGCGUCAUCUGCAAGACGCUCUCCCUGGACUCCUCCAAGGUGGUGAACGUCACUCCGCGCUACGCCAAGCUGCGCGCGCCGCACUCGCGCGACGUGAUCGGGUGGCAGAACAUCGAGCUGAUCAGCGACCGCCCGUUCGAGGUGAUGCUGGCGGAGCUGAAGCAGCUCAAGGCGGAGUACCCGGACCGCGUGCUCAUCGCGUCCAUCAUGGAGGAGUUCAACAAGGACGCGUGGGAGGAGAUCAUUGGCCGAUGCGAGGAGGUCGGAGUGGACGCGUUUGAGAUCAACUUCUCGUGCCCGCACGGCAUGCCGGAGCGGCGCAUGGGCAUGGCGAUGGGGCAGGACUGCGAGCUGCUGCACGAGGUGUGCGGGUGGAUCAACGAAGCCUCUAGCAUUCCCGUGUGGGCCAAGAUGACCCCCAACAUCACCGACAUCACCCAGCCAGCGCGGGUGGCCCUGGAGGCGGGGUGCGAGGGCGUGAGCGCCAUCAAUACCAUCACGAGCGUCAUGGAGGUCAACCUCAAGACGCUGAGGCCCGAGCCAUGUGUGGAAGGCUACACCACACCUGGCGGCUAUUCCAGCAAGGCGGUGCGGCCGAUAGCGCUGGCGCACGUGAUGAAGAUCGCACGGAUGGAGGCGGAGCGGUUCCCCGGGCAGGGCAAGUCGCUGUCGGGGAUUGGAGGGGUGGAGACGGGCGAGAACGCUGCUGAGUUCAUCCUGCUGGGAGCUGACACCGUGCAGGUGUGCACGGGGGUCAUGCUGCACGGCUACGGGCUCGUCAAGACCCUCUGCGGUGGGCUGCAGGCGUUCAUGGAGCAGCACGGCUUCACGUCCAUCAGCGACUUCAAAGGCCACUCCCUGCAGUACUUCACCACUCACACGGACCUCGUGCGGCGGCAGAGGGAGGCGGUGGAGCAGCGGAAUGCAGCGAGGAGAGGGCUGGCGUCCGACAAGGAGUGGACGGGCGACGGGUUUGUGCAGGAGACGGAAACCAUGGUGUCCAAUUAGAGUGAUGCUGAGGCCGUCAUGGCAACCCUUUGUACAGUCCUUGCGCGUCUUGUAUUACCGAGUGCCGGAUUACAAGCAUCACUUUAUCAGACGAAUUUACUUUGAAUGCGUGGCGUGGUGUUGCCAUCUUUGAAAGGUCUGGGCUGCUUUGUGGUCCUUUGGCUGGCGGACUCCUCUCAGUCAUCCUCAAAUGGAGGGGCUGGGUUGGGGGGUGUCACACCCCCACAUUCGUUCCAUCAGCCAUGCUUUUCCACCUUAUGAGUAGGGUGCAGGGCCCUAGAUUGGGUUUGAGGCAUCUUGUGUUGAAUUAUAUAUUGAGUUAUAUAAUUGUUAGGCUUGGUAGGUUACCGAACUUUACUCUAGAGGGUACAAUCCCCUUCUUGUAUGCCUCUCUCUUUCUAUUCCAACA